UAAUGCGUUGAAAUACAACAUGAAUGAUGUCCACAAUUCUUAAGUAAGGUUUCCCGACUGCUAGGGACUACAACACAAAGUAGGAUCGUCAUUCCUUGGUCGCCAAGGCAGGGAGGGAGGGAUCCUCUCGAGAGUAACUAACAGUACUUACUGAUAUACAUCAUACACUGCGUGUCACUGACUCAUUAUACUGCCCGUUUUAGACGAUUAGCAUGGGCAUCUGUGUCUGUGUGUAUGAUCUGAACUCUGAUUCUGAAUGGAUCUUCAGUCAAUGUAACGUUGAUAUUGAUGACUGAAAAUACGAAGAGAUUCGUUUCGUCAAUUUGGAAAUGUCAAAAGAAGAUACCCAUGACCCGGUGAAUAGGAGGAGCAAUGGAGGAAGGGACUCGGAUCUCGUUAAAAAUGUUCACAAAACUAGAUCAAGAUCUAGAAAUGAAAACGACUUCCCAGAAAAAGACGAAAGUGGUCUGAGCUCCUUGAAACCGCAAUCGCAAGGAGACCAGCUUGAUGCUGGGGGCACUUGUCCGGAAUGGAAGGCACUAGAUAUCCAAAUCGGAGGUCACAAGUUAGCAAUGAUUGACCUUGGAAAUGGCUACAUUCUCAAGUCUCUCCAAAAGCCUCCCAGGGGAACUCGGGAGCUCGGUUUUUAUCAGAAAGUUUUUGACGACGCCUGCAGCGAUCCAGACCUGAUUGAGCUGAAACCGUUCCUUGCUCCUUUUUAUGGGGCAGAAAAAAAAAAUGGAACUACAUUUUUGAAACUGAAGAAUCUUACAAGUCAGUUCCACCGACCUUGUGUUACUGAUAUAAAGAUUGGGAAGGUGACCUAUGAUCAAGAAGCCACUGCGGAGAAAAGAAGUCAUGAGGCUGCCAAAUAUCCUCCCAUGAAGCAGUUGGGAUUUCGUUUUAGUGGUAUGAGGGUCUUUGACCCGAAGACUCAAAGCAACCAACAGUAUGAGAAUGACUACUGUCUGACGUUGACGGAGAGUAAUAUGGUCACAGAGGGACUGGGACGAUUUUUUGGACUUCAGAAUGGCAAUCUGAGACGAGAUGCAAUCAGGCCUGUGCUUAGCAAACUGAAACGACUCGAGUCAUGGUUCUUGAAGCAGAAAAAGUUUUCAUUCAUCGCCAGCUCAUUGCUCAUUGUUUAUGAAGGCCUCAGACUUGACCAAGUUAAAGUUGACAGGGCCUCAUCUUCAGAACAGGACUGUUCUCCAGUUCUUGAAGACACUGGAAAGAAUGAGAAAAAGAGCAAAUGUGGAAACGGAAAAAAUCUGGACAGUGACUUGAGUAUUAACAGGACAGCUGAAGAAACAGAAGCUCAUUCUUCAGUCACCAAUGAGGAGAAAAGCUCAAUAAAACGUUUUAUUGACCACACAGAUGCAGAAAGUGAACCUCGCUCAAAGAAAUUAAAGCUUUCAACUUCAGAUGUGAAAGGCAAUGGGUCCCAUGGACCCCACAACAGUUGUUUACAAGAGCAGUCAGACAGCUUGAACCCGGGGAUGAGUAAUUCUCAAAGAGUUGCUGAUGUGUGCUUGAUAGAUUUUGCUCAUGUCUUUCCUGCAAAAAAAAUUGAUGAAAAUUUUUUAUUUGGGUUGCAGAACUUGAUUAAUUCUUUGGAAACAUUAGUAACUAUGGAGACAAUUAAACAUUCAAUGAAAUAGAUCUUUGGGUGUGAAAUUAUGAUAAAGUGUAGUUAAAUACGUUAUGUCUUUUAAAUUUUCUCUUUGUCUUAUUAACUUUUCCUAAACCAAAGAAAUCGUUUUUCUCUUUUUUUCUCACGCAUAAAAAUGGCAUGAUUUGAAUGAAUCGUUAGGCUAUUAUUCAAUUGACUAUUUUUUAACCUGAUGGACUUGGUUAGUCAGUUAUAGAUCAGAAAUGCAGCCUUUGUUGAAUGACUGGGUAGCUUUCGUGGUCGUCACCUCAAUUUUCCUUCAAGCAGCUAGUCAUUACUUCACCUUCAAAUAAUCCCUGAAGUCAUCACUGGCGUAUACUUUAAUCGUCUUGUAAAACUUAUAUCCAGUGUAUAGUCAUCAAUAGAAACUUCAUCCUUAUUUAUGUUACCUUUAAAUAUUGUUAAUAAUAUUAUAACUGUAACAGCAUAAUUUUUCUGAGAAUGUGUUCCUUGCUCUCUUUAUGUACAUGAGACAUUUUAGUCUUAUGAAAAAAAUUUGUUUUACUACAUUUGAAUAAGAAAUGUGUAUACGUAAUUUAUGUCAUAGUUUGAACUGUGAAAAGUUUUGUAUAUAUAAACUGUAAUUUGGUUUCAGGAAAUUUAUAAAUAUUUGUCUUUGUAGACAAAUGAGUUACUUUGAUUAUUUUCAGACUGAUCUGACUUGGAGAUAAUUAGAAUUCAAAUGAAAUAGAUUUAUGACAAAUGAGGGUUAAAAUGAGUUAUUAUCUGUGAUCACAAAGGGAAUGUUAUGCAAAAUUUAAACUACUUCUUCAGGAUAGUACCUUGAUGUUCUGGAAUUUGUCAUGAUUUUUUUGUUUUUGUCUUUAUUGGUGAAUUAGAUUCUGAAUCUUUAUACGGUUUGGGUGUUUUAUGUAGUCGCUGAUUGUAUGUUGGAAUACCUUGUCUUGCCUUGCUCUUAAUCUUAAUCAGUACCUAUGUGCCUAUGUCUUUGAAGAAGCUUUGUACAUUAGAGUAUUUUACUGUGCUUUCCGAAUUUUUCUAUUCGCUUUAUUGUUCUUCUAUACUUUGCAGUAGGGCAUGAAAAUAAAAGUCGUCAUCGUUUUUUUUUCACCACUUUCUGUGGCCCAUGAGAAUUGAUAAAGUCAGUGCUUAUUAUAGUAUCGGAAUACAGUCCUCUCGUUACACUGACUGAAAGAAUUCUAACUACGCUCUGUUGUAUUCAAAAUAUCUACUGAAUGGGAUUCAGCGUUUACAUUUGUUAAAAACAGUCCUCUUGAAAUACUGUUUUUGAAGUCUUAAGGUAAGUAAAGGUGUUAUUGUGAAUGUAUGUUUCAGUCAUUUUGCUUGUGGAUCACUUCUGAUUGUGACUUACAAUCCGUGUUUGCUACAUUUACAGACAUAAGAGGUCUGAGUAGUCUGUGAAUAUUUUGUUGAGAACAGGUCUCUGAAUUGGCCUGAAGCACUGUAUUCUAACUGUUGCAAUUGUGUGAUAGUAUUUGGGCCUCCACAAAUAAUUACUCUGUUCAUUCCCAUAAAUUUGGUUUGCCUCUAUGAAAUGUGUCAUCAGGCUGUGGAAUCAGGCGCUCGUCAGUUUUUGGGUAUGUUGUGUUAUAGGCAUCAUCUUAGAGUUUGUUGGUUUGUCGAUCUUUCAAUGAAAAAACGACCCAUCUAUCAUGAAUAAAAUUCCAGAUAUUUUGAGAUUCAAAGAGAUGGGGGUGGCCUGUUUUCAGAGAUAUAAUUAGCGGCUACUUUCAUAGCUUGAGAGUCCUUGGAAACAAAACAUUAACA